AUCACCUCGGGGUGCCAUUUGAUUGGAAGGCGGCAAAGGCUUUAAUCUCGGGACUAAUUCAGCUUGGUUUUUUUCUCUCUCUCUGCGAGUGAAAACGUCUCCCAGACGCGAGUGCGGGACUACAAGCGGCGAGGACGCGGACACGGAAGCACCAAGCAGGCAGGCAGGCAGGCAGCGGCGAUACGGACCUGCGAGAACAACCACAUUCGCUUCUUUUUCCCCCCUGAACCAUCCGGAUUAUUAUCAUCGUUAUUAUUAUUAUUAUUAUUAUUUUAAUAUUUUCUUGAUGAGUCAGACCAAAGCCUCGCCGUCCACUUGGCUGACCAUUGGGACAUGAGCACAUCGCCCUCGGCGUCUGUCCUGACAUACCUCGCGGAGCUCAGAGCCACUUUUCCGGGAAGCAGCACCAAGCCAGCCUCCCUCCUUCUCCACCAUCCGCCGUCAGACCCGCUCCGACAAGCGAACAGACUCCCGGUGAAGGUUUUGAAAAUGCUGACGGCACGCUCCGGACACAUUUUGCACCCGGAGUAUCUGCAGCCUUUACCCUCCACACCCGUCAGCCCUAUUGAGCUCGAUGCUAAGAAAAGUCCGCUGGCCCUCCUGGCGCAGACCUGCUCCCAGAUCGGCAAACCGGACCCGCCGCCCUCCUCCAAACUCUCCUCCGUCACCUCCAACGGAUCUACGGACAAGGAUUCUAAAUCCGGCCCUUUGAAGCUGAGCGACAUCGGCGUGGAUGACAAAUCCAGCUUCAAGCCCUACUCCAAGCCGUCGGACAAGAAAGACUCCUCCAGCGGCGGAGCCGACAAGUCCGGUUUCCGAGUGCCGAGCGCCACCUGUCAGCCGUUCACGCCGCGCACAGGCAGCCCCAACUCCAGCACGUCCGCCUCCCCGAUGCCGGCGGACGGCAAAUGCGGGGAGCGAGACGACAACAAGAAGGAGUCGGACUGCGGGAAGCACUCGGACGGCUCGGGCACGUCCAGCCACAGCCGGAUAAGUGUGAGUUGCGGUGGGAUUAACGUGGAGGUGAACCAGCACCAGGAGACCACGCACGGCGCUAAGACCUCCACGUCUUCCUCCUCCUCGGACUCUCCCUCGGUUACGUCCGUGUCGUCGGCGUCGGUGCUGGGAUCGGGACUGGUGGCGCCCGUGUCCCCGUACAAGCCGGGCCAGACCGUCUUCCCUCUGCCCCCGGCCGGCAUGACGUACCCGGGCGGCUUGGCCGGGGCCUACGCGGGCUAUCCGCAACACUUCAUGCCGCACGGAGGCAGCCUGGUGAACGCGCUCGGGUGCAGCAAGGGCUCCAGCCCUCUGGCCGGGGCGUCUCCUCCCUCCAUCAUGUCGGCCAGCCUGUGCAGAGACCCUUACUGCCUCAGCUACCACUGCGCCAGCCACUUGGCGGGCGCGGCCGGUGGGUCUUGCGGCCACGACUCGGCCGCGGCGGCGGCGGCGGCGAACGCGCUCAAGUCCAGCUACCCGCUCAUGUACCCCACGCACCCCAUGCACGGAGUUCACACGUCGGCGCCGUCAUUCAGCGGACACCCCUUAUACCCAUACGGCUUUAUGCUCCCCAAUGACCCCCUUCCUCAUGUUUGCAACUGGGUGUCGGCAAACGGACCGUGCGACAAGCGCUUCUCCUCCUCGGAGGAGCUCCUGAACCACCUGAGGACUCACACCGCGUUCACCGGGGCAGAGAAGCUUAUUUCCGGCUACCCGGGCUCGUCCUCCCUGGCCAGCGCGGCAGCCGCGGCCAUGGCCUGUCACAUGCACAUGCCGCCGUCAGGAGGCCCGGGCAGCCCCGGGACUCUGGCCCUCAGGAGCCCGCACCACGCACUGGGACUCAGCACUCGCUACCACCCGUACUCCAAAAGCCCGCUGCCGACCCCCGGAGCCCCUGUCCCGGUCCCCGCUGCAACUGGGCCUUACUACUCCCCUUACGCACUGUACGGCCAGAGACUCACCACAGCAUCGGCGCUUGGAUACCAGUGAGGGAGAGACAACAACAACAAAAUAGACUUUGCAAAGUUUAUAAUACAAAGAAUGCAACUAUAAAGACUUUUAUAUGAACGCAUAUGGACGGGAUCCGUGGACUUGUAUUUAUUUAUAUGUCUGCUUAAAAGCAGGCUGCAAAAAAUGGAACAUAUUUGAGCAAGUCAAAAAGUGCAUUAUGUCCAAACAGAACUAUAGCUAAUAUGAGGGGAUUUUUUUUUUUUUAAAGAAAAAAAUCAAAAUACUAAUUAAAAGUAGGGGUUCCUUAUUUCGAUGUUCAUUUGAAAAUUGCAAUGAUUGUAUUUGUUCUUUAUUUAAAGACAAAAAAACGUCUCACCGAGAAGAAAAUAAUUUACAUGCAUGUUUUUUUUUUGUUUGUUUUUCUUUUCUUAAAAAAAAAAAAAAAAAUCAGCAAUUGUCCACAUUUGAAUUAUUUUUCAGGUGUAUACCAUGGGAAGAGAAUUGGUAUUUUUUUGUAUGUAUUCUGGAAAAAAAAUAAGAAACAAUUCUGUUCCAUAUCUCCGU